GGCGGCGGUUGGCGGGCGGGCUUCCGCCGCUGGGACCGCCGCGGCCUGGUCGCUCAGGCUCGGACUCCGCGUCGGGCGGGCUGGGGGGCACCUCCGGCGGCGGCGUCACCGGGAGGAGAGCUGCACGCGAGCAGAGCCACCUCUUGCCACAGCUCCCAGUCAUGACGGACGCCAAGUAUGUUCUCUGCCAGUGGGAGAAGCGGCUGUGGCCUGCGAAGGUUUUGGCCAGAACUGAGACUUCAGCGAAAAAUAAGAGAAAAAAAGAAUUAUUUCUAGAUGUUCAAAUACUCUCGCUAAAGGAAAAGAUCCAGGUGAAGAGCUCGGCCGUGGAGAAGCUGCAGAAGUCGCACAUUGAGAACAUCGCGGCCUUCCUGGCCUCUCAGAAUGACGUGCCAGCUACCCCCCUGGAGGAGCUGGCCUAUCGUCGCUCCCUGCGAGUGGCCCUGGAUAUCUUGAAUGAGAGGACCAGCUUGAGUCCUGAAAGCCAUGUGACGGAAGAUGAGACCUCUCCGUCCCAGAACGAGAAGGCAGACGCAGAUGCGGCCUCUUGGGUCCCCAGCGCUCCCUCUCCGUCUUUUUGUGGUGAAGACAGCGAAGAUGUGGCUGCUCGGCGCACACCCAAGGGGAGGUGGGAAUGCGCACCACAAAGCCUGGCGGGGUCGUGUGCGUCUGAAGAGGACCCCAAGGCAGACCUCCCAGAGAAUGCAACCCCGAGGGCAGCGUCGCCUUCCCCCGCUGGAGACGGGUCUCAGGACGGUUCUGGGUCACCACUGGACCGUGGACAGGAGGAGACAACCAAUAAAAGGCAGAGGAAUUUGGGAGAGAAACCUCCCCGGCGCCGCAGAACAGAGUCUCGCCUUUCCAAGGGGGAGAAUCUUUCGGGCAGCGAGGGACCGGCAAGCAGCCCUGCGGCCCUGGCUUCGCCUGGGCUACUCUCCCAAACCUGGGGAGAGGACCCCUGUGCCGGGGUCAGAGGCUGUGACCAGCAUGUGCCAUCAGGCAGCAGCCAGCUGCUCCCGGCCUCCGAGAGAGGCCGAGGCCGCACCACAAAGAGGCCACGCUUGGAUGGAGGCCAGAACCCACCCGCCAGGCAGCGGGGGACUGGAACUGGGGGGGCAGCGCCCUCCCCUGGGAGCUGGUCUGGGGAGGCCAUGGCGCUGCGCAGUGCUGGUGACAGUGAGAAACCAGAGGAAGAUCUUGUGUCCUCGGAAGAGUCCACAGGGUUCAAGUCCAUCCACCCCCUGCUGGAGGAGGAGGAGGAGGAAGAGGAAGAGCCGCCCCGGAUCCUUCUGUAUCACGAACCACGAUCAUUUGAAGUCGGAAUGCUGGUCUGGCUUAAAUACCAAAAAUACCCGUUCUGGCCGGCUGUGGUCAAGAGUGUCCGGCGGAGAGACAGGAAAGCCAGCGUGCUCUUCAUUGAGGGCGACAUGAACCCCAAGGGCCGAGGAAUCACCGUGUCCCUUCGAAGGCUCAAGCACUUUGACUGUAAGGAAAAGCACGCACUGCUGGACAGAGCCAAGGAGGACUUUGCCCAGGCCAUCGGCUGGUGUGUCUCGCUUAUCACCGACUACCGUGUGCGGCUGGGCUGCGGCUCCUUUGCUGGGUCUUUCUUGGAAUACUACGCUGCUGAUAUCAGCUACCCCGUGCGCAAGUCCAUCCAACAGGACGUCCUGGGGACCCGGUUUCCUCAGCUGGGCAAGGGGGACCCUGAGGAGCCUGUAGGGGACAGCCGGCCAGGCCAGUGGCGGCCAUGCAGGAAGGUGCUGCCCGACCGCUCCAGGGCCGCGCGGGACCGAGCCAACCAGAAGCUGGUGGAGUACAUCGUGAAGGCCAGGGGUGCGGAGAGCCACCUGCGGGCCGUCCUGUGCAGCCGCAGGCCCUCCCGCUGGCUGAAGACGUUCCUGACCUCCGGCCAGUACGUGACGUGCGUGGAGACGUACCUGGAGGACGAGGCGCAGCUGGACGAGGUGGUGGAGUACCUGCAGGACAUCUGCCGAGACAUGGACGGCGAGGUGCCCGCCCGUGGCGGCGGGGACCGCAUCCGCUUCAUCCUGGACGUGCUGCUGCCCGAGGCAAUCAUCUGCGCCAUUUCUGCAGUGGAGUCAGUGGACUACAAGACAGCCGAGCAGAAGUACAUCCGUGGCCCGACACUUAGCUACCGGGAGAAGGAAAUCUUUGACAAUGAACUCCUGGAGGAGAGGAACCGGCGCCGGCGCUGUCGCUGAUGCUGCGGCCUCCACCCCGCCAGCAAGGCCUCCACAGCCUGCCAGAGGACUCUGCAGGAAUGUGCUAGAAGCAAGAGGCCCCCAAGUGUGCUGACUUUGAACUGUGGGUCCUGCACCUUCAGUACUGAGUCCAGGAGAUCAAAUGUCAUUGACACACCAGAAGCUUGCUGGCAGCUACAGACAGACGCUUUCUGGAAGUUUCUGUGCGUGUAUGCGCGUGUAUGCUUUUUUUUUUUUUUUUUUAAUUACUAUUGUUUUUGUUUAUAAAUGUGAUCGAAUGCACAUGUGUCAUGGUGGCUGCAGUGUGGCUGGCAUAUGCACUUGGGUCCUGUGUUACUAGUGUGCCAACCCUACAGAAGUUUCUGGAAAGACUGAUUUGAACACUCAGCUCCCAGAGCAUUGACGUGUU